AUUUCCCAUCGUCCCUUGUGGCGCCCGGCUGCCGAUCCCGCUGUAGCGCCCCCCGCCCAGCCAUGGACAUGGAGGUGGAUGUAGGCUCUGUGAUCUCGGGCCUAUCUGGCGGGGAUGGGGCGGGCCUGGGCCCCGGCGAGGAGGAGCUGGAGGUCGGGGGCGCCCCUGGCUGCUCUGGGGCCGGCUCCCUCCAGUUCGAUUUCGAGAGGAGCCGCUCGGAGUCCAGCGGGGAGGAAGAGGAGGAGGAGCUGGAGGAAGAGGAGCUGGAGGGGCGCCCCGGGGCCGGCUUUGGGGCCUGCCGAGAGGCGGAGGGGGAGCUGGACUCGGACGUUGAGCGUGAGCGCAUGAUAAACCUGUCUGAGUUGACGCCUUACAUCUUGUGUUCCAUCUGCAAAGGUUAUUUUAUAGAUGCCACCACCAUUACAGAGUGUCUUCAUACAUUCUGUAAAAGCUGCAUAGUAAGACAUUUUUACUACAGUAACAGAUGUCCAAAAUGCAACAUUGUUGUACAUCAGACACAACCUCUUUAUAAUAUCAGGUUGGAUCGACAGUUACAAGACAUAGUGUAUAAAUUGGUUGUCAAUCUGGAGGAGAGAGAGAAAAAGCAGAUGCAUGAUUUCUAUAAAGAAAGAGGUCUCGAAGUACCCAAACCUGCUGUUCCACAGCCAGUCCCUGUGAGCAGAGGAAGACCUCGGAAAGUCUUGGGAUCAGUGUUUCGAAUCCCACCAGAACUUGACGUCUCACUGCUUUUGGAGUUCAUUGGAGCUAAUGAAGGCGCAGGGAAUUUUAAGCCGUUGGAAAAAAAGUUUGUGCGAGUUUCAGGAGAAGCAACCAUCGGCCAUGUGGAAAAAUUCCUGCGAAGAAAAAUGGAUCUCGACCCGGCUUGUCAGGUGGACAUAAUAUGUGGCGAUCACCUUCUAGAACACUACCAGACGCUGAGGGAAAUCCGCCGAGCUAUAGGAGACGGUGCUAUGCAGCUGUCAGGGAAGCAUUCAUUCAGACCCUGCUUACAUCUGCAAAAUGGGAAUAAUGAUAUUGACAUCCUUUGUAAAGCAUCUUGAGAUCUACUGAUGAAAAAGAGGUAGGUAUUAUUAUUAUUACUGCUGUUUAAAUAAAGGAUGUUACAGGCUGAUACAAUGCCUCACACACAGAUGGUGCGUAACCCUUGUUUUAUUACUUCAGCACAUAAUCAAGAUCACAUGUGAAUUUAUCUGCCCACCUGGCACCAUUUCAUUAGCAUAAUCAGUUACAGCAGAACAUAGUAGAACCCCUAGCAUGUCAACCACAAUCAAAACCCUGUCUCCUAUCAUAAAAGCUAAUCAAAGCCUGUCCAAACAGGUCCGAUGCUGCAUAAGUCAAACUCCUAAACAGCCGUCAGGGGAAGCGGGUUCAAAGGGUGAGCCCUGGACUGAGGAUAUCUUUCAAGCACCAGCUGUGGAUUUUUAAACCCUGUAACUGACAGCGCUGUUGGUGGAAUGUUCACAUGUCUCUUAUCAGAAGUGAAAGGCCCAAUCUUGCACCAGGGAAGUUUUAUGGGAGUUUUGCCAUUAACUUACUGGGAGCAGGCUCAGGGUGCAUGUCAAUGGACCGUGAUUUCAUAAAAGAAUAGAUUUCUUUUGUCACUUAUAGUUCAGUCAAGCUUUAACAUGUUGCGCACUUAGCAGAGCACGUGGUGUAACUUCUAAAUACCUGCGUUUAGGACUAGCUCAUGCCUGGUAGGCACAGCUCAGAGCAAGGGGCGAAGCAAAGUCACUCUGGCUCAGGAACAGUAGUGAGGGGCAUUCUGCCUAAGGGAAGCAAAAAAGCUUCCCAGAGCUCUCCAGCACAGAAUGGUGAGCAUCCCCAUUGCUAACCCCCCAUUUUUCCUGCAUGUUCUUUGACACAAGACGGCGAUAAUUAUCCAGGGAAGUGAAAAAGACAGUGUAAAAGUGGCUUUGGUUUGGUUUUCUCUUCAAGAUCAAGUAAAUCCCCCAGUCUGUUUUUAUAUAAGAAUAAAACAUUAAAAUCAAUUUUUGGGGGGGGUGAGAGCUGUUAACUGGUUUCAUGGGAGGGAAAACCGUUCCUUCACUGUCUCUAUCACAUCCCUGGUAAAUUAUCAGACACAAGUUCUGUGUCGAGGGACAUGCAGUAUGUAUUGCUGAGAUGGAAUCAUACAAAACCUAUAGUCUGGGGAUAUAAACACUUAUGGUUUACAGUCCAGUGGUUAAUUUCACUAAAGACAUGUGCCUCCUUUUUAACCACACAUUGCAGGGGCCAUGUAGGAAGAGAGUGUGGAGCUGCUGUACUAAACUGCCAUGUCUCGUUCUAUAUUAAUGUAGUGUGUUUGAAAAGCUUCUUUCGCACGCUUGUGUGAGAGCGAUAACUAUAGGCAGGCCCAGCGUCAGCGUGAAAUGUAACGUGCGUAUACGUGAAAGUGUUUGAAAUGUAUACAUCCAAAAUAGCAAUAGAAUCAUUGGCCAUUAGCAGAUGUAUUGCUGCAGUCUCGGGCAGAGGAGGGUGUUCAGUGUUAGACUUCUACGCCACUCCUCUAGAGUAUGGAGUAUUUUACAUGGGAAAGUAAAUAUCAAGCAGCACUCAGGAAGAAUGUGAGAUUUUAAUGUUUUUAUGGGUUUUUUUAUAUACUUAUCCAGAACGUUGAAUGGGAAACGUCUAGAAAUUUGAAUUAAAAUAAUACUUACUUGUAGCACUCUUCAUCUUCAGUGCGUUUUGUGAACAUUAAUACACACUCCGGGCUGGUAGGUAAUCAUCACCUUUGACAGGAGGAAACGAAAGCAGAGGGGUGACGUGACUUGUCGAAGACCACAGACAAAGUUUGUCAGAGCUACGAUUAGAACUCAAGAUCUGCUCCCAGUCCCAUGCUCAGACCAUCCUGGACAUACUGCCCUCUUUUCUAUGUAAUACUUCAGAGUCUUCCUCACUUUUGGUAGGUUGUGUUAAAGGGCAGGGUUUCUUCAGCUGCUUCUCUGAUGGUUAUUUUGGUGGUGGUGGUUGAGCAGAGACCAUUUGGCUUGUACAAUGGCACCAUUUACACAUCAGGACAACUUCAGGAUGGUUUUAAAAUAAAAGCAAAAUAAUUUGUACUGGAAGAAACAGAUUUUUAAAUCUUUUGGUUCGAUUUCCCCACUUAUGGGGGUGGCACUCUAUUGCUUGGGCUUUUCAAAAUUCAAGCUUAUUGUAGGGAAACAGGGAGGUACAAAAAUAUCUUUAUAGGAUCUUCAGGAGACAGAAGGAAAUGGACCUUUGACAGAUGGAGCUAAGAUUCUGGCAAACAGUGACUCUGUCUCUUGCUAUAAAACUUCCUCUCCGUUAGCUGAUUUGUUACUGUCCUAAUGAUACAUUUUCCAUUUCC